AUGAACUGCUUCCUUGCUAUAUCAGUGUUGGUGGCUGUAGCAUCAGUUGAAGGCAGCUAUGACUAUGCUCCUAAGUACAGCAGUUUUGGAUAUGUUGCCGCCAAGAUCGCUAAAGGGACCUGUCCAUACGGCUGGAGUUUGUAUCAUGGGAGCUGUUAUUAUUUCAGCAGAGAUAGACUGUCAUGGUGGCAAGCGUCGAUGAAAUGUGCUUCUAUGGGAGGAUUUUUAUGCAAUGUUGACGAGGCUCACGAAAACACAUAUAUCAGGCACCACCUUGCUAUGUAUGGAGUCACCCCUGGAGCUUGGAUGGCCCUGAACGACUGCCUUUACCCUAAUGCUCACAGAUGGAGCUGGGGAUUCACAAAGAGGCGAUGCCACAAGUUUGAUUGGUACGGUAACGAGCCCGUGUACCAUAAAAAGGGAGACUGGAAUUGCGGAGCUUUCUGGUCCAGUUACAAAUAUCACUGGCAUGUCGAUAGCUGUGCUCAGAGAAACUACUACGUCUGUGAAAUGAAAUUGGGAAAACCUUGCAGGUGCCAAUAUUAAUCAUCACUAACUAUUUUAAAUAAACUUUUGCAUCAAUAUUUUAUUCUCGAUUUCAUUUGGUUUUGAAGUUUACUAUUCAGCUACAUAGGAAGUAUUUGUUAUUAAUGUAAAAAAAAAAGAAUCAUU